AUAGUAGAAGAUUGUUCAUGAAAAACCAAUUACAUUUAAAUUUAAAUGUAACGGGAACAUUGAAUGUUGAUAAUGAUGGUAAUGCGAGUGAUUCGAUGGAAGCAGCAGCAGCAGCAGCAGCAGUAGCAGUAUCUAAGUUAAAAUGGGAUGGUGUUAAUGUAGAAACCGUCACAACAGUGCCUCAACAACAACAACAACUACAACCACACGAACAAAAACAACAUCAACAACAAAUACUAGAAGCAGAACAACAACAACUUAGGAAAGCAUAUAGCAAAAUCGAAGCAAUUGCAGUGGGACAGUCGUCUACAACUACAACAACAAAAACCACAAUUAGAGGAGACGUGGGAACAGUAGCAGCAGCAACAAAACGAGUAGCGACAUCGUUAUCAUCAUCACCGUCAUUGUUGAAUUCAUCAUCAACGGCAUUAGCUAAAUUUAACCGAAUCAUCGACAGUACAAUGCCGGCAACUAACUAUUAUCAGCACCAUUUGCAACAGCAGCAGCAAGCGCAAGAGAGCAUGCAACAUGCCAUAUGCGCCGGUGCAGCACCACCAGCAACGCUGAGUGAUGCACUACAGCAGCGCUUAGCGCUCGUCUAUCCCGACAUUGUCUCGACCGAUUCGCAAACGAAAAAAAUUAAUUUCACAACAGCAGCAGCAGCGGCGGCAACAGCGAAGACAACAGCAACAACCGCACAAACAGCAAAACCGAAAGCGAAAGUGAAAGGAAAAUCCGGUGCAACGCAUGAUCGUUCGCGUACAACGCGAGCGGAAAUAGCGACGGAAGUGGAAGCGGCAGCCUUGACGGCCGCAGCUGCUGCAACAGCGCCAUCAAACGACGAUAAUCAAAUGAAACGAAAUGAUGUGCAUUAUUUGUUGAAACAAUUAAAUAGUUUUAGUGAUAUAGAAGAAAUAGAAAUUGUUGAUAUGGAGCAAAGACAGCGACAGCUGGAUGAACAACAGCAGCUGACACAGCAGCAACAGCAACAGCAUAUGGGCCACGGCGUGGACAAGGCACACUCACCGACAGCGCAAUCGCUUGUGAUAACCUCGCCAUCGUCGCUGUCACACAAAGGCAUACGACGUUACGCCUCACUGCACCAACAGCAGUGCACGCAAUAUCCGCUUGACAGCGACGAGGCGAUCGACAGCGUCGAUCAACAGCAAUAUUUGCUGCAACAAUUCGACGACUACCUUUUUCAGUCCUGCCACUAUUUGGAGACAAAUUAUUUUGCCGCCAACUAUCGCACUGCCAUGGUUGAGAGCAGCUCACACGAGUUCCGACCAUCGACGACGACGACAACGGGCACAUCGGCCGCAUCUGUCUCAUCGGAGCAAUCCCUCGAGCUGCACGAGACCGAGCCGCCGAGCGUCAUCUGCAAGGCACCACCGCCACCAGCGCCUGCCACACCAACACCAUCUUCAAGCGGCGUCGACGUGCCGACAACACCCAGACGCUACGGCAUGCAAGCGCGUCUGACCAGCAGCGGCGUACAAACCGAACUCACCGCCACUUCACUAAUGGAGGCGUCGCUAGCAAAGAGCAGCAGUAGUUCCGCUAGCUCUGAAGAGCAGCGCCGGCGUGCGCCAUUCUUCAAGUGCUGCUACACGCCUAUAGAUCGCUGGCGUGAAAAGCGUAGUGCAGCACACUCAGCGGCGGCAGCGCAAAAGCGCGGCAGUCGACAAAGUGAGCGACCAAGUGUCACUGCAGCUACAGCGUCGGUUAGCAAGCGCGGUGGCGCCUCCACCAGUGCCAGAGCGAGCAAAGCCAGUGUCGCACAGCAACAUACGCGCAAAAAUGGGCAUGCAGUCUGACAUUUCGCGUACGCAUUGGAGUGUGUAGGCGUGGGCAUGAGCGUGAGCGUGAGCGUGAGCAUGAACUUACUAACAAAACGAUGCAAAUUGAGAAUCCAUCAGCGUCGCUGUCUAUUUGCGAUAUCAACAAUUAUUUCUAUUUCAAAAUUAUACUUGGAAUAUUUACGCUAAUACUUUUGUAUACAUGAAGAUAUUCCAAGUAGAUUAUUUGUUUGAAAGCGCAAACUUACAUAGAUGAUAAACUAGGAGAAGCAGCAGGAACAGUUAUUUUCUGCAGCGCAUUGAAGGCGCGUCAAUGCGUGGCAAAAAGUGAAAGAGAUUUUGAAUAUUGACAGUUGUAGUAAAGCAUAAAAUAGAAGUCUUAAAAAGUGUUUUAAAUGUUAAAGCUUUUUUAAAAAGCCUUUUAGUUGUAUGCAUGCAUGCAGGAAGUGAACCAGUCGUGUACUAAUGUCAGUUGGUACCAGUUAAACUAGUAAGCCACACACGCUAACCUCAAAGAUAAUAAAGAGCCACAAAUACGCCGCACUAAACAAGAGAUUUGCAUUGGAAAUAAGUGCUUUUAAAUUAACUUGUUUGUUAUGAGUUAAUGUUAGACUCAUAAGUUCUUUAACGCGCCGCA